CAUAAAAUAUAAUUGGUUUUUCAUUGAUUUCGAAAAUUACGCGCCGUAUAUGAAUAUGGAUAUAUUAAAUCCACAAGAAAACGACGGUAUAGGUCUGAUAAUAGAACCUGGAUAUACAUGGAAUGAAAUGCGUGAGAACGUAAUGAAUUCUUGUUUAAAAAAAAAGUUUCAUAUCAUUUUAGACGGAGAUCACAAAACAGAUGAAGUGUACAGAAAAAUACUGGAUUUGUUAAACUCCGAAUUGAACUUAGAUGAAAUAACCAGCCUUUUCGUUAUUGUUGGCACUCUUUACUUUAUUGAAGCUACACCUCUAAACAUGGAAUGGCGUACACAACUUUUGCAAAAAACAUUUAACUACACAGACACAUUAAGCCCAAUGCACCUUCAUUUAGCGACUAAACGACUUUGGACAAGUCUAAAAAAAAAGGAGACGGACGUGUUCAAUAUACUUGAACUUUGUAAUCAAAUGGUUAUCAUAAGUGAAACAGCUAGAGCUAUUUCUAUUUGUCUUAUGUGGACCAUACUCUCUGAAAUAACAGAAACUCCUAGCGAAAUGUAUUGCUUCAGGCAGUUCAUGAAGUUACUCGAAAUGCUGAAUAAUAUAGAAAAUGAGACACUGCAGGAGGAGGAAAAUACUAAAAUUGUUUAUAUUUUAGUGCGAGUUUUAAGUUAUCUUAUAAAUGUCAUUCUCUGUGAUGCUCAAAAUGAGGAUAUUAUUAAAGCCGGCUACCGCAUGUACUUUAAAUACACUUCUUCAUUUUUAAAGCAACUUUUGAAUUGGUGCGAAAAUUUUAAAAAGACUAUAGAUUCCUGCCCAAAACCAAAGCAAAUUCAAACUGAUUGGGAUCUCCGUAUGAUGAUUACUGAGCACAUCAGCUUUAAUAUCAUUAAUGUUCUUCAAGAUAGAAUAGAACAGAUGAGUGCACCGGAUUAUACCUAGGAUAAAUUUAAGUUAGAAGUUUUACAUAAUUCAGCUAAUUAUGUAUAUGUAUAAUUUUUUAAGUACUAUAUGUUUUUGUAUAUAAACUACAUUUAAUGUAUUGCACACGAAAUAAAAUUUUGUCAUUUAAAACGUUGUAUAAACGUAUUAUAUGAGUCUGUACAAUU